GCUUUCCCCCUGCUCUCCAUGUUCCUCCAGCUCCUCCGCGGUUCCACCUCAGUUGCUCAAAUCCACCAACUCCACGCUCAAAUCCUCGUUCAUGGCAUAUCUCUUCAAAACCACCUGCUCGCCAAGCUCGUCGAUCUCAAUUCCGUUGAUUACGCCCGCUCUGUGUUUGAUCGAAUUCAUUCUCCGUCUGACUUCUCUUGGAAUUCCUUAAUCAAAGGUUACAUCCAAGAUGCCAUUCCUCAGAAUUCUCUCAUUCUAUUCCUCGAAAUGCUCAGAAGUGGGAUUAGACCGAGUAAUUUCACUUACCCAUUUCUCCUGAAUGCCUGCUCGGCACUUGCCUCGAUUCGUGAAGGUGAACAAAUACAUGCUCAUGCUUUCAGAAUGGGUUUUGGGUCCGAUCGCUUUGUCAACAAUUCCUUGAUUAAUAUGUACUGCAAGUGUUGCUUUCUUAGUUGUGCUUUCAAUGUGUUGGAUGAAAUGCCGCAAAGAGAUGAGGUUUCGUGGAAUUCAAUAAUCGGGGGUUAUGUUCAGUGGGGAGAGGUUGAGAAGGCACGUAGCUUAUUUGAAGAAAUGCCACUUCGAAGGAAUGUAAUUUGUUGGACUGCUAUGAUAAAUGGGUAUGGAAGGAAAGGAGAUCUUGUUGAGAUGUUUAGUUUGUUUUUGGAGAUGCUUUUGUCAGCUGAGGAGGUUAAACCCAACUCUGCAACGAUGGUCUGCCUACUCUCUGCUUGCUCAACUCUCUCUAAUUUUGAGCUAGGAAGAUGGCUUUCUGUUUUCAUUGAUGUCAAUGCAAUCCCUUUGAAUGCAAUAUUGUGUACCGCCCUUAUAGACAUGCACUCAAAAUGUGGGAAUAUGGAUAAGGCUCAAAAACUAUUUAAUGCUAAUUCCUGUAAGAAUUUGGCAUCCUGGAAUGCCAUCAUGACGGGAUAUGUGCAAUGUGGAUUGUUAGAAAAAGCUAUAUGUUUAUUUUACACAAUGCAAGCAACAUUACUGAGACCAAAUGAGAUCACAAUGGUUAAUGUGUUGUCUGCUUGUGCUGGCUUAGGUGCAUUGGAACUUGGAAGAGAAGUUCAUCGUUAUCUGGUUCGAAAUGGUUUAGAAGUAAAUGUGUGGCUUGCCACUGCCCUUAUUGAUAUGUACUCAAAAUGUGGGAAAAUUGAUGAUGCUUGUUUAGUUUUCAUCAAGACAUGUCAGAAAGAUGUGGCUUUGUGGAAUGCCAUGAUAUUGGGGCUAGCCUACCAUGGGAUUGGAAAGGAUUCUUUAGCUGUUUUUGCACAGAUGGAGAGAGUUGGGGUCCAACCCAACGAAGUCACAUUCAUUGGGAUACUCUCUGCUUGUAAUCAUUCAGGAUUGGUUGUUGAGGGAAGGAUUCAGUUUUCAAAUAUGGUUAAUAAAUAUGGAUUGAAUCCUAAAGUUGAGCAUUAUGCUUGUAUGGUAGAUCUCCUUGGCCGAGCUGGACAUCUAGAAGAAGCAUUUGAACUGAUUCAAAACAUGGUUGUUUUACCUGAUUCAAUCAUUUGGGGUACUUUACUAAGUGCUUGUAGGAUUCAUCGGAAUCUUGAGCUAGCUGAUAAAGUUGGUCAAAUCAUAACAUCUUUUGCAGAACCUAAUUUGGGUUUCUGUAUUCUGUUGUCAAAUAUUUAUGCUUCUGUAGGAAGGUGGAAGGAUGUAGAUAGAGUGAGGAGACUGGUAAAGGAAAAAGGGAUUAAAAAGCCUUCUGGCUGCAGUUGGAUUGAAGUUGCUGGUGCUGUUCACAGAUUUGUUGUUGAAGAUGCACUUCAUGUGAAAUCUGAUGAGAUAUAUGAGGCCAAUAAAAUUCUUGUCUAUCAUUUGAAGGAUGAAGGUUAUGUGCCAAAUGUUGAUUUUGUUCUAAAGAAGAUUUGAUGCCAUGUGAAAUGUUACCUCUUAAGUGGGUUGAAGCUUUACACAUGGCUUUUAAGCAUAAAAUAGGGUCAAUUCAUUUUGUAUCCUCAAAAUUGACACGGGUUUGAAACAAUAAGAAGACUAGUGAUUUCCCAAAUACGAUACGUUAUCUCAUACUGAAAUGGCAUAAUGGGUAAAUUCUUACAGUCAUUCACCUCAUGUAUGGUGGAUUGUUUGAAUGGCCAAAGUUGUCCUAUACAUGAGUAAGGAAAUUUACUUCAUCUUUGUUGUUGUAUUAUGUAUGCAACUGGAUAGGUCAUGGCCAUGACUUCUGGUGGUGGGAUGGUGUAAAUAUUGAUCAAGCACUGAUAAAGGACAAUCUUCUAAUAUCAAAUUACUUUCUGU